AUGGAUGCGCAGUAUCCCUUUGCCUCACGCGACGAUAUUUGGCGUGUCCUUGAUGAGCUGAAGGAGAUCCAGGUCGCUCAGUAUGAACAGGGCGAGCGAAUCGCACGGCUGGAACGUCGUCGCGACGAUGAUGCGAGGUUGAAAAGCCUCUGGGGUCCUACAUCGCCUUUUCCGACCUUGGUUGCGGGUACCGUCCCGUCAGACACCACCUUCAAUUCUCCUCCGGACCCUUUCAAGGGCUUUGAUGAUGGGCAUCAUCACGGGCUGUCUACAUCUACUGUUGGGCUCGAGGGAGAAGACGAGCCUCGACGUGGAGCCUCCCGGGCGAACAGCGUACGGUUUGACGAGACUGCGAAUCAUGGAUACUACGGACAAGCCAAUCGAUCCAGCACGGAUCUUCCUGUGCGAACUGGAAGUGGGAUGGGAGGCCACCCCCUCACCGAGAGGUCCCUUUCUCAUCGGUCUGAUGGCAGGAUGAGCUCGUCUGGAUUUUCGCAUCAAUCGGCCCGCACUAAUAGUCUGGGACUGGACAGUCGAGGGCUGUCAGCCUCUUCACUUGAAGCGUCUCCUAUGACUCCACCCCCUGGAUUGUUCUUGCUUGGGCCCGUGCCCUCCAUCAUUCGCUGCUGGCUGACAACCAACUUCUCCAACGACUCGCUCCUCUAUGCGGCUGUGUGUUCGGGCUCUUACGUGUCUUCCCUAGGCUCAACCCUGAUUUCUAAGCUUGGACUUGAGCAGUCUGUUAUGCACAAUGAAGAUAGGCCUUACAUUAAGCUUUCUCUGUACCUUACCGAAGCUAGACUUCAACAGUCAUCCUCACGCCCAGCGAGCCCCCAACCUGAGCCCCAGAUACCGUCGGUGAAGAUCAAAUUUCUGAGUGAUGUGCUUCGCUCAUCUAAUGCCGAGAUAUCUUUUUCCGACGACAGGAUGUCCAUGGUGGACGAUGAUGGUAAUCGGGUUUGCAUUCGACUCGUGCGUCCUGAGAGAGACUCUACAUUCAAGUACCUGUGUACUGGCCCUGACACUACGCACAAGAGCUGCCAGUCCUCGCAAACCAAUGGGAAGUACUCUAUAGGAGCCAUUGGCCAGUCUAGUUCGGCUGCAAAUCAAUCAAGCUCAGCACCUGUAUCAGGACGCCUUUCCAUCAGCUCCGCAGACGAACCCCACAGGCUUCAAUUCCACGAUUUCAGCGACUCCCCAAACAGCCGAUCGACUUACCCUCUCUCGGCCACCGCUACAGAUCAACCACAAACCACAAGUACCAAGGCUGAUGAAGGCGGUGUGUGGGGACCAUGGCGCCGUGAGUCAAAGCAAGAGGCUGCUGCCGCACUCAAAGCUACAAAUGCACGAGCUCGCACGAUGAAAGUCCUUCGACCCUCCAGUCGCGUCAUCUCUGCUUCGACAUCCACCCACGCCACUUCCGAUCACCAUGGGAAUCAAAGCAGUCACUCAGAGAAUAUUCCGCCAGGGCAGUCUGCAGGUCGGGCUUCUACCGAAGAGAAUCGAUCUGGCAAGGCUCCAGCGUCCAACCCCGUUGGAGGCGCAUCUGCAUUCGGAUGGCUCAAAUCGAGUUCAUCUGGUGCGCGCCAGUUCUAG